AUUCAUAUUAUAUCAGUCAAUCAAUGAUCACUAUAGCCUUCAUUGAUGAGCCUAGCACAGAGACAAAUUGCAUUUCUUUCCUCCUUAGAGACCCUGGACUGGCUGAACCACUUCUGCUCUCAGCUCAUCAGCUCAUACGAUCACAGUCACUCAGUGGCAUUUAUUUAUUAGCGCUGUCAUACACCGUGUCAUGUGCUGCGGGUCCCCACGAGGGACCCACGGCGGAGCGGAGGUCGAUCCACCGACUCUCUGUCCCCUCCCAUCGGCGUCCCCUGCCGCCGUGCGCGGCCACACCUGCAUUAAACGGGGAAAGUCCGUCCGGUGGAGAGGCAGAGAGACUGUGGGGCUUCAGAGCGGGCGGAGGCAGGAAGCCGAGCACCUACAGCAGCUCCCAUCGCAUUGCUCUGGACCCCGGGCUCUCUGUAACGACAGGGGGUAAAGGCAUGAAGGCAGGCAGCGACCGGAGGUACUGAGACUUUGGAACCGUAUAGACUGACCGGGAAUCGAGAUUAAAGAGGGGCAGAGCUGCACGGUGCAGAGCAAGAGACCGAGUCUGAACUGAGCGCACAGGUUUUCCUUGUGAUCCCUGACAGAGUGAGGACAGUGACACUGACUCAGCCUUUGUCUCCUCACUGUUUCCGAACAGAGUGAGGCUCCCUGGUUGCCUCGGCUGUCCAUUGUGACUGUAGAGAAGAAAGAAAGAUCCAGCUUGUCUGUAUAAAGACCUAUUCAGCAUCAUUUCUCUUUGCUAGCCACAUUUGCAACCCUAAGAACAGCAGUGAAGGCUCAGCACUAUCCCUGCCCCCAGGCCUUUUCCCUCCAUCCUCAGCCCCCUCUCCUUUAACUCCCUUAUCCCUAUCCUACUCUCACUCUCUCAGCCCCUUCCCUCUUCCCAGCCCCAGCUUCAGCCUCAGCCUCUGCCCCAUUCAGAGUCCCAGAUGACAGCUCAGAAACAUCCGUUACCCUCCCACUCCACACGAGUCUUCUUUCCUCUCCCUCCAGCCCCCGUGGCGCUUGGCACCGAUGCCCAUCACAUAGACAGAUGGAGCCAACCCUGACCCCUCUCUUUGCCUGUGGGGACGCAAAGAGAAUCAACGCCUGACUAGAGGAGAGGGGGUGAGUGUCAGCAGGGGGAGACAGGAAGAAGAGAGGAGGAGAGUAUUGCUUUGUCACCACAGCAACACAUCACCCAGCCUCCCAUGGACUCCCCUUCAGCCGAACCCGAGGCCCUGGGAUAAAAACCCACACAGCAGGAAAGUAAGCAGCAGGACCAGAAGGACCUCAUUUUUUUUCCCUCUAAAUUGUGCCUGACAUAUUUUUGCUUUGAAUAUUUAGCUUGUGCGGAGAGGAGAGGAUGCAAACAUUGACAAAUUUCUAAAUAUAGAAAAGCUCAUUUGAAAGAAACAGGAAACCACAAGAAGAUGGAUCUAAAAAUGCUGAAGGAAAACCCGCUCCACACUCAAAAGUGUCGCUGAAGUUUUUCCAAACAACACAAAAGUUUCAUUCUAAGCUCUGUGCUUCCUUUUCCCCUGGCCUCUGUGAUCUACAUGAAUUACAGUAAGAAAAGCUGCAAUCGCUGUCAAAAAUAUUACUGUUUUAACAUGCAAAUCAACAGGCAGCAGGAAUUUUUUUUUUUUUUUUUACAGUGAGCAAGCUGCUUUUUUCAUUGUGCUUUCCUCACCCGAGUAAAGCAGAAAAAGCUUUUGACUGACAGUAAAAAGGAACUUCAUAUGGGGCUCCAGUCAGAGCUUCCUUGCGUGUACAUGUACUGUAUACCUUCAUCUAAGUUGUAGCAUCCUGCAUUGCACCUCUGCUAACUGAUCAAACAUCCACCUCGUGUCGGGGCAUCUGCAGUUUCACUCUUCUGACUAAAAAUCCCAACUGAAUUUUUACAAGCAAGAUUUUGGCUUCUCCACUUCCACUGGAUGUUGCUGCCGUCUUCCAUCCCACUCUGCUGACCGGCAUUCUGAUUAGCAUACAAUGCCAGACAACCAAUUUUGAAAAGAACCCCACAUAAACAAUAAAAUGAGACACUAAUGGCCGGUGAAACGAAUUCAGCAGGCCAACAUAACAGAGGGGGGAAUACCGGAGUCCCAAAGCUUCCCAGGUGACCGCUGCCACUCUGCAAAAGUCAAACUGGAAAUUCUGUGGAUGCUUGGAUUCUUUGCUUCGGAUGCUGAUGUAGUACGGACGAUUUGGAUUCCUCUCUGUAUCCAGUCAGUGUGAGCCCUAAGCAUUUUCAUUCUCAGAGGAGCAAGAGCCCUGAACUGACUUGUGAAGCACUGCUGAACCUUGGUAUACAGACCAGGGCGGAUGAAACUACAAUAGACUGAGCUCAGUCAAGUGUUUUAUGACAUUUGGUGCAUUAUAUUCAUUUCCUCUGUAGAUUUGCCGUCAGCUCCAGUCACAGUUGAUUUUCAGAUGAUAUAUAAGGAGCAACUGCCCUAAAACUGGUGGCUGCACUGGUGGUAGCUCUUGGUAAAUGACAUAAGGACUGAAAAGAUCCUUACCUGGACAUCGUGGUGGUGGCGUCCCUCUUCAACAGGCUGGGAGUGGCAUUAGGAUGCCUGAACUGGAUAACUUUCCCCCCCUGAGGGGCCCCAGAGGCCCUGAAUUGGGCCUAAACGGACCAGCAGACCCAGCUCAAAUUCAACACAGCAUCCUGGAGGAGCAGGUGGAGCUGUGGUGGUUCAGAGAUCCAGGGAAGUCUCUGCUCUGCUACUGUGUGGCUGUUCUCCUAAUCUUGGGCUGUGGACUGGGAGGAGUUGGACUUCUCUCCACCACCACCAGCGUCUCGAGCGAAUGGCGGCUGGGCGCGGGCACGGCCCUCUGCCUGCUAGCCCUGGGAGUCCUGCUCAAACAACUGCUCAGCUCGGCCGUGCAGGACAUGAAUUGCGUCCGAAGCCGACGGCGGAUUGACAUGCUAAAAAGCGGUGGUUUAUCUGACCUCCUUGUGGUUUUGAUUACGGGGCUUUCACUGUUGAUUUGUGGAGGGGUUCUACUGCAUCUGGCCCUGGCUAACCACAUGCCGAAGCCUGGCCAAGCCCUCAAUGACAUGUACAUCUCUGGGGUGGUUUUGCUGGCUGGAGGGGGGGCCGCAGUUGUGGGCGUUGGGAUAUACUCUGUUGUGGUGAUCCUGCUAGAGAGGACAAGGCACGGACGAAGGCUGGUGGACCGGGUUUUGAAUAUCUUCACCGUUUCUGGACACAUGGACCACCAGGCUCGCAGAGAGACUACCUCCAGUCUGGCUAACCUCAUAUGAGAUAUAACCACACUCAGACUGUGUAUUUUGGCCCCCUUGCUCAGCUAAAUUAGCCCACACAUUAGCAGACACAUGAUUCACUCUUUACAUGCUUCAGCUUGGUCACCGGCUGAUCAGUGUGUGUGAGACAAAUUCAGUUGACUUUGUGUUAUCUGCUCGGUGAGGAUGUUGUCGAUGAGCAGUGAAAUCCCACAGUAAGGAUGAUAAGAUCGAAGAGUAACACUGAAGAAGAAUUGAUUGCUACAAUGCAGCUGAAAGUCAGGGGGCAGUGGUGUGUAUUUUACAUGUGAGAGAUAUUUGAAAGUUCAAAUCAGCAAUUUUUUUUACACACUGUAAAUCAUGCACCAUUUACAUGAGACUAAAUGCCAAAAGAUCGGCGCCUGUGGCAGCACAGCAGAGGCAGUGUUAGUAUGCAGGUCACCAGCACAAAAGCAUGCAAAACAAGAAGAACAAAAAAAUGUUGAUUUGGCUUGUGUUUAGGGAGAUUCAGUCAGAUGAAAAGCACAUAUUUUAGCUGAGACACGUCUGAAAGUAAAGGGAGAAGUGUUUGAUGUUAUUGUUACCAGAUAGGUUCCGCAGUGUGGAAUUAAUUAACAAAGAUCUGUGGUGGGGGCAUAGUCUACAGUGGCCUCAUUUGAUUUUAAUAAAAUCAUCUCAGAUGAUCUAUAAACAUAAAGUUGUAAGAAGUGUGAGCCCACAGACAACUCAAGGUGACAUGAGGUUGUGGUUAAAGGGGCCAUUUACAAACUGGUGUGUAUAAUGUAUCUGUGAUAAACAUGUAUCCUGUCAAAGUGCCCUUGGACCACACAUCGGACCACUCUGCUCUGUGAUUGUGAGCUGUCAUGGAUAAGAGCACCAGCUGAAUGGAGAUAGGUGGGACAAGGUGGAUAUAAAGAAAAAAAGUAAUCUUUUUAAAUUCAUUUGUAAUUUAUAUACCGACCUCACUCUGUCCAUGUUCACAUGAAGUUAUGAAAAUGUGCAGCUGAUGAAUUUGACUGUGGGUAAAACUGAGGAUGGUCAAUAGACACGAGGCUUCUCCUGAUCUCAUUUCUUUCCUCACUUUAAUAAUAAUUUAUCAUAAUUCAUGCAGUAGGACUGUGGUGUUUGUGACAGACUGUAAUAUUUGGCUGCCUGUACACAUGAGAAGACGACAUGAUUGUUGGUGAAUUAUAUCACAGCACUUUAGAAUGUAUGGAUAAUUUGUGGUCUUGUGCAUCAACACAGUAUUGUCUUAACUGUCA